UUUUGAAACAAUUCGUGUGUUGACGGAGUAAUGAGUUUAAUACAACUACAUGUUUUUUAACAAAGCAGAGAUCUGGAUUUAAUGGCAUAGACAGUUCGAAUAGUUUUAGGCGAUGUGGAGCAACGUAAUAUUGUCGAGCGUGUUUGUUUAACACAUUUCGACACGACUGUCGAAUUGAUGAAAUGAUGACUUUUCAUACGGACUGACCACUAGGAUUCCUAUUUACACGUGCUUUAAUUUCACCGUUGUACACUUUUAUCAUGACGAGUGUUGUCCCAAUCACCGAUAAACAACUCCAUCAGCUGAGCAUCUCUAUUGGGAAGGCUGUAAAUCCUACAGAAACGCCUGUGAAAGAGAAACAUGUGCGAAGUGCGAUUAUAGGUACACACCAAGAGAAGGGUGGAAUGAUUUUUUGGAUGUACAUGUUACGGCAGCCAUUGCAAGAGAAUCAGAUAGUCGCAUGGAAGUUUUGUCAUGUUUUGCACAAGAUACUGCGAGAGGGUCAUGAGAAAGUUAUACCGGAUUCCCAACGGUAUCGUGGAAGAUUGGAAGAUCUCGGAAAAUUAUGGCAACACUUGCGAGAAGGAUAUGGGCCAUUGAUUCAAUUGUACAUAAGAUUACUGAUCACCAAGUUAGAUUUUCACAAGCGAAACCCACGCAUACCCGGAAAUCUUCAAGUAACACCGGAGGAACUUAAAUCUAUCGGGGAAAACGAUAUCAAUGUUUAUUUCCAAAUGUCGGUCGAAAUGUUCGAUUACAUGGACGAUAUUUUGAAUUUACAACGUGCAGUUACCACUUCUUUGAAGAACACACCCUCUAACUCAAUGACUGUCAGUGGACAGUGUCGGCUGGCUCCGUUAAUUCCGUGCGUUCUAGAUGCAUCACAACUUUAUGAUUAUUGUGUAAAAAUUCUAUUUAAACUUCACGGUGCUUUACCUGCGGAUACCUUAACUGGUCAUCGCGAUAGAUUUUCUAAACAGUUUCAAGAACUGAAGAAGUUCUACAAUACUGUUAAACAAAGGCAGUAUUUUAAGCAUCUUAUAACAAUACCUGCGUUACCUGAGAAUCCACCAAAUUUUUUGGUACAGUCUGAGCUACGAACUUACGUUACACCGAUAGUAGUAUUACCACCUGAAGAAUCUCUAGAUUCGGAAACCGUGGUUGAUAGUCUCAUCGAUACUUCUGAUACAAAUUCGUUACCAGGCGAUCAACUAGAUUCUACGCGAAAUGGGUCGAUUUCACCCGAUGGAAUAGCGGAAAGAGAAAGUCUCAUUGACCAUUUGCAGCAAGAGAACAAUCGUCAAAGACAAGAAUUACAUCGUGUAUUGACUGAUCAUCAACGAAUUGUAGGAGAUCUACAAAUUCGCGUUACUCAGCUAGAAUCGGAUUUACUUGUUAAAUGUAAUGAAAUUGAACAGGAAAAGCAAGUUAAUCAAGAUUUUGUGAAGCAGAAAGCAGAUAUGAUGGUGAAAGUUCAUGAAAGUGAAGAAAAAUAUAAAAUUUUACAAGAAAAAUUUCAAAAAUUGAAAGAUGCAUAUUCAAAGUUUAGAGAAGAACAUAUCAAUUUAAUUAGAAAGAAAGCUGAAGUGGAUAAGCAAUUAGGAAUGUUGAAAAUGUCACAAGAACAAUCUCAACGACGAACAGUUGAAGCCGAACGCCGCCUUGAAGAAUUAAUACAGGGUCAAGCUAUAACAGAGCAGGAAGCACAAAAAGCUGUUGAUGCUCAACAUGAUUUGGAUGAUGUGAAACAACAAUUGAAUGACACAAAAACUGAAAACUUGGCUUUGAUUGCCAAAAAUGAUUUUAUAACUUCUGAAAAAACGGCUUUAGAAGGGGAUCUACACGAUUUGUUAGCACAGAAAGAAGAGCUAGAUUUAAAAAUUGAAAAGUUAGAAGUUGAAGCUGAACGAUGCCGUAAUGAAAUGAAUACGUAUGCUGACACUAUGUUGCAUGAAUUAUUGCUAAAUUGUAUUUCUGAGGCGGAAAAUAUUAUGCAAUAUUCACUGAAUGCUAUUGAUAAUCCAGCAAUGUCAGAUCUAACUUGCACUACUCAAUAUCUUGAAAAAUUAGAGGAUUCGAUUCUAAAAUCAUUAGAUACUCUAGAUGCAGCGUACACUGGUUACGUAUGCGAUACAACGAAUGGCAAAGUGCUCAUCAAAAAUGCAAUACACGUUGCAUAUAUUCUGGGGCUUUAUAUCAUUCAUGCCAAAUCUACAUCCAAUACAUCUAUUGAUAUUGCGUUGGGCGAUAAAUUGACUGACGAGUGCAAACAGUUAGGCUUGCAGUCAUUAACUAUGUUCAAUCACGUAAGAGAAAAAUCACCUGUGACUGUGGGUCAAAUUAAUGAAGUAAAACUGCAGUUUAAAAAAGUAUGUGAACUUGCUGCUACACUGUCUAACGUACAAGGUAAUGUUGAAGUUAUCGGAAAUUUGGUAGAGACGGAACUAUUUAGUAUGGAUAAAGCAAUAGAAGAAGCUGCAAAUAGAAUACAAGAUAUGUUGGAAAAAUCUCGUGCUGCAGAUUCAGGAUUAAAAUUAGAAGUGAAUGGAAAAAUUCUAGAUUCAUGUACAGAAUUAAUGAAAUGUAUAAGAAAUUUAGUUAAAAAAUCGCGAUUAUUACAAGCAGAAAUUGUAGAGCAAGGAAAGGGUACUGCUUCAGAAACAGAAUUUUAUAAACGUAAUCAUCAGUGGUCUGAAGGACUUAUAUCGGCAGCAAAAGCAGUAGCAAUGGGUGCAAAUCUUCUGUUAGAAGCUGCAGAUAAAGUUGUUUCUGGGAAUGGUAAAUUCGAACAGUUAGUGGUUGCAUCACAAGGAAUUGCUGCGUCUACAGCGCAAUUAGUAGUCGCGAGUAGAGUAAAAGCUAAUAGAAAUAGUAGUAAUUUAACUGCAUUGUCUGAAGCUUCAAGGAAUGUAACACAAGCAACCGGAAGCGUUGUUGCAACUGCUAAGAACUGUAGUCAACUUGUUGAAGAAAAUGAUGAUUUAGAUAUUUCUGGACUAAGUCUACACCAUGCCAAACGAUUAGAAAUGGAAGCACAAGUACGUGUGUUGGAAUUAGAGCAAGCUUUGGAGGCUGAAAGAUUACGCUUAGCUGCUUUACGUCGCUAUCAUUAUCAACUGGAAGGCGAGAAAGAAUAAUCAUAAUCGGUUUUAGAUUUUUACUAACAUCUAUGUGAAAUUCAUGCGAUC